UGGCGGGGCAGUGGCGGGGCCGCAGCGGCGGUUAGCGAGGUCACUGCGGGUCAGAGGUCACGAGAUCGAAGAUCCGGAGUGUCGAGGUGUGCACAGCGCAGGGAUGCCAGCCUCGAAGCGGAGGAUCCCAGUGUCCCAGCCGGGCAUGGCUGACCCACACCAGCUUUUUGAUGACACGAGUUCAGCCCAGAGCCGGGGUUAUGGGGCCCCGCGGGCAGCCAGUGGCCUGGGCUACCCCGCCAGCUCCCCGUCCUCCCAGGCAGCCUUCCUGGCAGAUCCUGUGUCCAACAUGGCCAUGGCCUACGGGAGCAGCCUGGCCGCCCAGGGCAAGGAGCUGGUGGACAAGAACAUCGACCGCUUCAUCCCUGUCACCAAGCUCAAGUAUUAUUUUGCCGUGGACACCGUGUAUGUGGGCAAAAAGCUGGGCCUGCUCGUCUUCCCCUACCUGCACCAGGACUGGGAGGUACAGUACCAGCAGGACACCCCGGUGGCCCCCCGCUUCGAUGUCAAUGCUCCAGACCUCUACAUUCCAGCAAUGGCUUUCAUCACCUACAUCUUGGUGGCUGGCCUAGCGCUGGGGACCCAGGACAGUGCCCGCAGGUUCUCCCCAGACCUCUUGGGGCUACAGGCAAGCUCGGCACUGGCCUGGCUGGCCCUGGAGGUGCUGGCCAUCCUGCUCAGCCUCUACCUGGUCACCGUCAACACUGACCUCACCACCAUCGACCUGGUGGCCUUCUUGGGCUACAAAUAUGUUGGCAUGAUCGGCGGUGUCCUCAUGGGCCUGCUCUUCGGGAAGACGGGUUACUACCUGGUGCUGGGCUGGUGCUGCGUUUCCAUCUUUGUGUUCAUGAUCCGGACACUGCGGCUGAAGAUCCUGGCCGAGGCGGCGGCGGAAGGGGUCCCGGUGCGCGGCGCGCGGAACCAGCUGCGCAUGUACCUGACCAUGGCGGUGGCGGCGGCGCAGCCCCUGCUCAUGUACUGGCUCACCUUCCACCUGGUGCGCUGAGCGCCCUCAUCAUCUCUGCGGGCCGGGCCUCCCUCGGCCCGCCCCCGCCCCCUCGCCAAGGUGCUGAGACUCCAGCUGCACAAGGAAUCAAUAAACCCAGAGGCUCGCG